AUGGCUGGUCUAAUUGGGCUUCUCAAGACAGCACGUUUGCUGCGUUUGGUGCGUGUAGUUCGCAAGCUUGAUCGCUACUCAGAGUAUGGCGCCGUUGUACUCCUCUUCUUGAUGACUACAUUCGCUCUAAUUGCUCACUGGCUCGCCUGCAUUUGGUAUGCGAUCGGCAACAUCGAGCGUCAACAACAGAAGAUGCGUAUUGGCUGGCUUGAUGUCCUAGCAGAGCACACAAAGCAACCCUAUCAAGAUGAUGAGAGCUUUUUGGUCAGCUUUAAUCACACUCUCCCUUGGUUUGAGUCAGGCCCCAGCUCCAAGUCCAAGUAUAUAACGGCGCUAUAUUUUACAUUCUCCAGCCUCACGUCAGUUGGCUUUGGAAAUGUCAGUCCGAAUACUAAUCCUGAGAAGAUAUUCUCCAUAUGUACUAUGCUGAUUGGAUCCUUAAUGUAUGCUGGUAUAUUUGGUCAUGUGAGUGCUAUCAUCCAGAGGCUUUACAGUGGCACUGCUCGGUAUCAUAUACAGAUGCUGCGGGUCAAGGAAUUCAUUCGGUUUCAUCAGAUUCCAAACCCUCUACGACAGAGAUUGGAGGAGUUCUUCCAGCACGCUUGGUCAUAUACAAAUGGUAUUGACAUGAAUAUGGUACUCCGCAGCUUUCCAGAAUGUUUGCAAGCUGAUAUAUGCCUUCAUUUGAAUAGAAAUUUGCUCAACAAUUGUCCAGCAUUUAAACGUAAUUUUGCUCAUUCUUUCUGA